GAGCAACCAAACCCGGGCAAACGCCUCCUCCAGCGCUUCCACUCACAAACGGCCAGCUCAUCGCACAGCAACCCAGGGGAGCACGAUGCGCUGGCGAGCGGCGAGCGCGCGGGCUCUCACCGCUGUGAAAGCACGGAAAAGUGGGCCCCUCACAGCGGUGCCGUGGAAAGGUAUCCAUGGAUAUGUAAAAGUUGAGCAUUAUCGGCCAUGUUUCAGGUGAUAUGCGCAUUUUUACUCUGCCAUCUUUUUAAGAGGCAAAUAUUAAACCUGACAAGAGAUGACCCAAGGCGUAUCAAAGGUUCUCUCGACCGAGCCCCUCCUCGAAAGCGAGGCGGUGUGGACAGCUCUGGUCAAAACAACAUACAAAGACCCCACGGGCACCACGCGGACAUGGGAGUACGCUGAACGACGAACGAGGCCCCUGGGCAGUGAAAUCGACGGCGUAGGCAUUGUUGCGAUACUAGAAAAGGAGUCGGGGCCCGAAAUCGUGCUGCAAAAGCAGUACCGCCCGCCGAUUGACAGGGUCGUCAUCGAAAUGCCGGCCGGGCUGGUCGACGAGGGCGAGACGGCCGAGGAGGCGGCCAUCCGGGAGCUGAAGGAGGAAACGGGCUACGUGGGACACAUCCUCGAGACGUCGCCCAUCAUGUGGAACGACCCCGGCUUCUGCAACACCAAUCUGAAGAUGGUCCACGUGGGUGUCGACAUGAGGCUGCCUGCGAACCAGAACCCAAAGCCCGAGCUCGAAGAGAACGAGUUCAUCGAGGUGUUCCACGUCCGGCUAGCCGACCUCUGGGAGACGUGCAUCAAGAUGGAUAAUCUGGGGUACGCCAUAGACGCGCGCAUAGCGAACAUCGCCGAGGGCAUCGAAAUAGCCAAAAAGUUUAAACUCUAGACCGUCCGAGGAGUGAGAAAAACACCAUCCUAGAGGAGUAUAGAAAGACAGUAACGGGAU